GGAGCACUAAAGUGCAAACGUUACAGAAACGAUAAAAGCGUGAAUGUUGUGAUGGAAUCGGUUUUGUGUUAUUAAAGGAAUUUGUAGACUUAGCCUAAUAGGUGUAUAUCGUUUUUAUUUGUUGUUAUAAAUAAGUGAUUGUAGCAUCCCAUCUGUUUAAUCAAACCUCAUUGUGUUGUCAGCAUGUACUAAGCAUCAAACAAGUCAACAGAAGUCAUCAUCGGCCAGUGAAUCUUGGUUGUAGGCUGUUACACAUAGAAAUAAGAAUGGAUGAACUCCGCAAGCUUGAGCACUUGUCGCUGGUAUCAAAAGUCUGCACUGAAAUAGAGAAUCAUCUUGGUGUUAAUGACAAAGAUCUUGCUGAGUUCCUGAUUGAUCUUGCUGAAAAGAAUGACACAGUGCAAUCAUUCCAAGGAGCCCUCGAGGAGAAUGGAGUUGAGGUGCAAGAAUCCUUUGUCAGAAACCUUCUCCGUUUGAUACAACACAUGAAACCAAAAUCUGUACCAAGUACUUCAUCUACCGUUCAGGUGGUAAAGGAGAAAACAAAGUUAGACAAAAAGAAGGAGGCUUUUCCUGGCCUCUGUCUUCCAGACGAGGAGAAAAAGCCUGUUAUUCAAGCCAAAGAUGUUGAUGUUGCAAAUUCCUUAAUGAGUGAACUUGAGGCAUUGAUUCCAAAAGGGAUUGUACCUAAUGAAAAAGUAUCAAGUAAAAGAGAUAAAAGAAGUAGAAGUAAGAGUAAAGAAAAAGAAAAGGAUAAACAUAAAAACAAGGGGAAACGAGAGAAAAAAAGCAGGAGAAGGUCUCGUUCCUCAAGUAGGGAGAGACGAAGAGAGCGAAGUCGCAGCAAAGAGAGGAGGAGAAGGAGUAGAAGCCGAGAUAGGAGUAGAAGCCGCGAGAGGACGAGGGAUUAUGAUAACUCACGCAGGCACAAAGACAGGGAUUCUAGCAGAGGGGGUGGUAGCAAAAAGUAUGAUGACCGGUUUGUGAGUAAGCCACCACCUAUGGACCCAGAAGUUGGAGAAGUGUAUAAUGGUAAAGUGACCAGUGUUAUGGUGUAUGGAUGCUUUGUACAACUUGAAGGAUUAAGGAGAAGAUGCGAAGGACUUGUGCAUAUAUCAGAGUUACGAAGGGAGGGUCGAGUGUCAGAUGUCAGUGAAGUUGUUGCCAAAGGUCAGAUAGUAAAGGUGAAGAUCAUUAGCAUAUCAGGGACUAAAAUCAGUCUUUCUAUGAAAGAUGUGAACCAGGAGACUGGUGAAGAUCUGAACCCUAGAGGGCGCCGUAAUGCUCUAGAAGAUACCUCCAGGUCAGAGGAGUCAUUAAGAAAUCCUGAUCGGCCAUCCAACAUGCCACUCUUGCACGUACCCGAGAUAGAAGAUGAUGGCAUACGGAAGCGAGUGCAACGUAUGACAUCACCAGAAAAGUGGGAGUUGCAACAGAUGAGAUCGGCCAAGUGUAUUCUGAUAACGGAGCUUCCAAACUAUGAUGAGGAGACAGGCAUCCUUACUAAAGAUGGAGAUGAGUCCGACGAAGAUGUUGAGAUCGAAUUGGUGGAGGAAGAACCACCAUUUCUACGGGGACAUGGUCGCCAAAGCAUGGAACUCAGUCCUGUCAGGAUUGUGAAGAAUCCAGAUGGAACCCUGUCUAAGGCUGCUAUGAUGCAGAGUGCACUGUCGAAAGAAAGGCGAGAAGUGAAGAUUGCCCAGGAAAGGGCGGAGGCGGAAAACUUACCAACAGGCAUGAACAAGAACUGGGUGGAUCCUAUGCCAAAUAGUGAACGAGCAUUGGCUGUGAACGUGAGGAACAUGGUGAUGCCAGCGCCAGAGAUGCCAGAGUGGAAGAAGGUUGCGUUUGGUGGCACAAACGCCUCUUAUGGAAGGAAGACAAAGAUGUCGAUUAUUGAACAGCGUCAGAGUCUGCCAAUAUACAAGCUGAAGGAUCAGUUGGUCCAUGCUGUAGAAAGCAAUCAAAUUCUAGUAGUAAUUGGAGAAACUGGCUCAGGUAAAACAACACAGAUGACUCAGUACCUAGCUGAGGCAGGCUAUGUAACUACAGGGAAGAUUGGUUGUACCCAGCCUCGUAGGGUAGCUGCUAUGUCUAUUGCUAAGAGAGUGUCAGAGGAAUUUGGUUGUCGUUUGGGACAAGAAGUUGGUUACACGAUCCGUUUUGAAGAUUGCACCUCCCCAGAAACCAAGAUCAAGUACAUGACAGAGGGAAUGUUGCUCCGAGAAUGCCUCAUUGAUGCGGAUCUCUCCCAGUAUUCUAUCAUCAUGUUGGAUGAGGCCCAUGAACGGACCAUUCAUACGGACGUUCUUUUUGGUCUCUUGAAGAAAGCCAUUAAGAAACGUCCUGACAUGAAACUCAUUGUAACCUCUGCCACAUUGGACGCUGUAAAAUUUUCGCAAUAUUUCUUCGAAGCCCCAAUUUUUACAAUUCCUGGUCGUGCAUUCCCUGUUGAGACACUUUACACAAAGGAAGCGGAGACCGAUUACCUCGAUGCUUCUCUUAUCACUGUUAUGCAGAUCCAUCUAACAGAACCACCAGGUGACAUUCUUCUGUUCUUGACUGGUCAAGAGGAGAUUGACACUGCUUGUGAGAUUCUAUUUGAGAGGAUGAAAUCAAUGGGGUCAGAGGUCCCUGAACUGAUAAUUCUGCCUGUGUACUCAUCUCUUCCCAGUGAAAUGCAAACAAGGAUAUUUGACCCAGCUCCUCCUGGGAGUAGGAAGGUUGUCAUAGCAACCAACAUUGCAGAGACAUCGUUAACAAUUGAUGGGAUCUACUAUGUGGUUGACCCAGGGUUUGUCAAACAGAAAGUUUACAAUUCCAAAACUGGAAUGGACCAGCUCGUUGUCACACCUAUUUCCCAGGCACAAGCUAAGCAGCGUGCAGGUCGUGCUGGCCGCACUGGUCCAGGAAAGUGCUACAGGUUGUAUACAGAACGAGCAUAUCGGGAUGAGAUGCUAACGACUGCCGUGCCCGAGAUCCAGCGUACCAAUCUAGUAAGUACGCUGCUUUCUCUCAAGGCCAUGGGCAUCAACGAUCUUCUGUCAUUUGAUUUUAUGGAUCCACCCCCUAUGGAGACACUCAUCACAGCCAUGGAACAGCUUCACUCUCUGAGUGCCCUUGAUGAUGAGGGUCUACUUACUAGGCUUGGAAGGAGGAUGGCAGAAUUUCCACUGGAGCCGAUGUUGUCAAAGGUUUUAAUCAUGUCUGUACACUUAGGAUGCAGUGAUGAGAUUCUUACUAUAGUGUCAAUGCUCUCUGUUCAAAAUGUUUUUUAUAGACCAAAGGACAAGCAAGCCAUAGCAGACCAGCGCAAGGCCAAGUUCCACCAACAAGAAGGCGACCACCUUACACUCUUAGCUGUUUACAAUUCCUGGAAAAACAACAAGUUUUCAAAUCCAUGGUGCUUUGAGAAUUUUGUGCAAGCAAGGACACUGAGACGGUCUCAAGAUGUCCGCAAACAGUUACUGGGCAUUAUGGACAGGCACAAGCUAGAUGUUGUUUCCUGUGGAAAGACAACGGCCAAAGUCCAGAAAGCUCUUCUCAGUGGGUUCUUCAGCAAUGCUGCUAAAAAGGAUCCUCAGGAAGGCUAUCGUACGCUUUGUGACCAGCAGGUGGUGUACAUCCAUCCAGCAAGUGCAUUGUUCAACAGGCAGCCAGACUGGGUGAUAUACCAUGAGCUGGUGUUGACAACUAAGGAGUACAUGAGAGAGGUGACAACCAUUGACCCUAAGUGGCUAGUGGAGUUUGCGCCGGCAUUCUACAAAUUUUCAGACCCAACUAAACUUAGCAAACAGAAGAAACAGCAGCGUCUUGAACCACUCUACAAUAAAUAUGAAGAACCUAACUCGUGGCGAAUAUCUAGACAUAGAAUCAGACGGAAUUAAAUUGCUGGAGCCUGAACUCGUGGAAAACCUUCAUACACGAAAUCAGAUGGAAUUUGGUGUAUUCUUAUUUCAAAGUUUAAGAGAGAAGCAUAUCACAGUUAGUUAAAACUAGUGGUAGCAAAGAGUAUAAAUAGAACAAGAGAGCCAACUACCUCAUUGAAAACGUAAGAAUGCCAGUGUAGGACAGCCGCUGCUAAUGGAUUACCCAGUAUUGCACCGUGAAUGGUCUGUUUGUCUAUUUAUCCGUUUUGUACAUGAUAAAAAAAUUUUUGUGUAUGGCGGUAGAUUUCUUUACUUUUUUAUCUUAUACCAUCGAGUGGGCGCACUUCAUGUGAACUCAUACACGGUGGGCUCACUCCAUAAUGAAGGUGGCAACUUCCAUCAUAACUAGUGGGGUGACGUAUUUACAAACUCUCUUGUUCUAUUUAGGCUCUUAGGUGUUAGCCAGUGUGUGAGCUAAACCAAUGAGAUGUUAAGGUUCUUGGUUCUAUUCCAUCAAGCUGCUCUCCCUGUGAAGUACAUUCUCUUUCAAAAGAGACAUUUAAAAUGUUGGUCUAUUAUACAAGUUAGACAAUUUUCUUACUCGAAUGGGAACUUUCGUGCUCAACAGAAAAUCUGUUAAGUACUUUUUGUAUUCGGUUGGUUAAAUAACACUAACUUUUCUUUGAGUUUGUACUUAACGUGGCUAACAUACUCAACAAAUAAGUCCGAAUCGAAUGCGCUAUUGUGUAUGUUAAACAAUGCAUACACACUUUAGUAUAUAGGAGGAAUAGUGUCCCUGUGCAUUGCCCUCCCACCACCAGCGGUGGCAAUGUACUCUGGCUGCUGUAGGUUGUCACAGCCUCAGUCAAAAUUUACUAGUUAUUUAAUUAGGACAAUUAAGUACUCAGGCCUGUAACCAGGAUUACUUGUGUAGAUUUCAUGUGAGAUCCAGAGGAUGCUUAGGCAACCUGGGGGAGCCUAAGAGAAUCGCUUUUCUGAGGGGUGAUUUUUAUUUCAUGGUUUUGAUGGACAGGGAGGAUUGAUUUGGUUUAUAACGUGUAAUUUUGCUUGAAAAGAGGUUUUGGCCAAACCAUAAGGAACAACCCUAGUUAUUGGCCAGUUAAUAUAAUGGAUUUGAAAUCAUUUUCUGAUGUAUCUUAUUGUAAAUGAUAUGAUAUGUUCUAUAUUGAUUAUAGAUAGAAGGUUCAUAUUUAUGAGGCCAGCUGAGAUUAGGCCUAGUUUUUUUUAUUACCAGCAUUUCACAAAACAUUAAUAUAUAAGGAAGUGUGUUGGAAGCAAUGUUUAGGUGGGUAUGGGUGUAAUUGGCAUUUAAACACUGAUUUAUUUAUUAAUUGUUUGAUUUAUUUUAUUCAGAAUAUCAGUAAAUACAAAAAUUGAGGUACAGUGUUGAAGAGACACUAGAUAGGUACCAGAUAGCAAGUUUACUUGCUUUGUCUGUUGAAAUUGAAAAUAAUAUUUUGGUAUUAAGUACUCACGAUAAUCAAUCAAUUUAUUUGGAAGCACCUUUGAUACAGUGACACACAUACUGUAUGAAAAGUCGAUCCAUCAGUGUAUAAAAUUGUUGCAAAAUCGAUUUUUUAAAUAAAAGCAGUUCUGAAAGCACGAGCAGA